AUGGAGGUUAUGCGGCUGUUAGUACUUGUUAGCUUCUCCCUUGUCGUAGGGAAGCAAGUUGCCAUGGCAGCACCUGCUGAAAAUCAGAAAUUGGACGCAGACAAAAUCAAGUUUAUUCAGGACGAGAUUGAAAAGAAAAUGCUGCAAAAUGAAGUGGCUAAAGAAAUGCAACUGACUAAAAUGCAACUGACUAAACCAGUAACUGACGAUAAUCCGGAAGACACUGCCCAUACAAAGAAGUCUUGCUUUGAUGAUGGUAACGGCUCACUGAAUGAAUGGUCACUGGAGCAUCUAAUCAACACUGUGUCUCCAAACACUUUCGUCGAUGCCCCAGCCGGUAAUCCUUAUUAUGCCACAACGGAUUACGGUCGCACCCUCAACACGGACUCGGAUCCACACAGAGUUUUGUUCUCCAGCUCUCUCAGACUUGGCCGAUUCCCUCCUCCGGAAAAAAUCUUGCUUAAUUUCCCACCAUACAUGAAUACAUCUCUCUACUUUAUUGGGACAUUUGGAAGUUCUAAUCAGAAACCAACUAUUGGAAUUCUCGGUAUGUUUGGAAUUGAUAGUUUAGGUAUGACGAUUGAUCGACUAAAGUGCAUUGCAAAGAUGAAGUACUUGGGAUUCAAGCUGAUACCAUGGAACAUAGAUGAUUUCAAGGAGAGUGUAAACGAUGCCUGUGAUGACCGGAUCGAACAAGCUGUCAGUUCCAAUGGCUUUACCGACGCACUUACAAACGUAGAGAGAUUGAUUCAAUUUGUUACAGAAAUGAGCCAAAAUCCAAACGUUCAGAAUUGGUGUCUCACUACCCCAACCAUGCUCGCCAAUACUCAGACGAGCCACGUUCAAGUUAAAAUGCGAUACUAACGCAAGAAAAUUUCCCGAGGGAUUACGUUAGUGGACAUAAAUUGAGGACAUUAUUUUUAGUAGAUUGUGUUAUUGUAGACAAUUUAUAUUGGACAAUCUGGUGUUUUGGUAUUAAUCAUUGAAUUUGUAACUUUCUAUUUCAUACGGCAUUUGUUAUUACACUAGA